AUGACAGAGAAGAUCACAGCAGAUUAUGAGAGGUGAAUAACUUUUUCUCUAAAUUUCGAUUUUUUUCUUUUCAUUUGAUUAUAACUAUUGACAGCAGUUGAUAAUAAGUAAGCUUUUAUUUCCUUAUAUCAUCCACAGCGAACUGGAAGAUCAAAGGAAACAAUUAAAUGCUGUCACAAACAAAGUAGGUUAAAAGUUUUUUUUUUCGUUGUCGAUAAAAAACGUAGCUCUGAUGACUUUGAUGAAAAUGUAAAGCGUCACUAUUUUUCAGGUUCGGUAAAAAAUAGUUUAGACCUAUCAAAUCUUGUAUAAUCUGGGAGAAAAUCAGUAUUUAUUUCAGCAUUGAGAAAAGCAGUGAUGUCCAUAUUUCUCAUUUCCUUAGAUAGCAUUCGAGGAAUUCGAAAUCGAAAAGUUUCUAAAUGAAAUAAAGGUUUGUUUGAAAUCAUCAUCAUUUUAAUAUCUGAUAUCGAGUGCCCAUUCAAAUAGGGGGAAGGAGGGAGGGGGGGGGGGGGCGGUGAGGCCCGUGUUCUCCUCCACCACACACGGUGUGGGUUUUUAAGGAUUUUAAAAGUAGCUUAAACAAUUUUUAAAAACUUUAAAGAGGCUUAAGCGUUUCUUGAAAGUGACAAAAAAACCGCGAAAAUUGUUUCAAAUGCGCCAAAUGGCACCGCGACGUGUUUGAACUUGAUACAUCCCUCCGAAUCCCUCUCCAUCCGACCCCCCUACGGUAUAUUAUGAUACAUCACCGGCUGUUUCUAUCUCACGUCACUUCAAAAUCGUUCGUGCUAAAUUAUAGUUUGUUAUCUUCAAUUAUUUCCAAUUGUAUCUCUUAAAAAAAUAUAAGAGGAUCGUAAUUCACGGUCAAAUGUACAAAUCAUUACCUUGCUUCUUAGAAUCGAAUGUGAUGGAAUAGUCUUUUGAAAGCUCCAAAACAGAGCAUCAGGGACUAAGACCAAGAGACGAGAGGAGGAGGUUGAACACGAGAUUUCUUAAAGCUCACACCGAUCCUAGACCCUAAAUAUUCUCCCUUGCUCCGAAAAUCUUUAUUUCUCAGGAAGCAAAUUUUGUUGUUUUGCAGAUCAUGGAUGCUGAUGUCGAAAGGUUACUUCCGUGUGAAACUUUCUUUUUUUCAAAAUUUCAAAAUUAAAAAGGUUCGUAAAGGUUCGUAAUAGGCAUUUCUUUUCUUUUUUUCCAGGAAAGCUGCCGCUUUGACAAAAGCAGAACAAGAGGUAGAUGGAGCUUCUCUUUUGAGAAUCUUAACUUUACUCUCGUUUUUCUUAGAAUCAUCAUGUUUUUUUUUAGUUAUCAAAUUACAUGUAGUGAAUAAUUAUUAAGGCAUUUCAUCCUCAGAAUUCAAGUUUGGAGGAGUCUAUCAAAAAGGACAAACUUGAAGUGAAGGUAAGAAAUGCGAAGAGCUUCGUUAAAUAACAGAACUGAUAAAGGACGUGAGGCGAUUUUCAACUGAGUAACCAAAUUUAUCCUUAAUUUGAUUGCAUGUGCUUUACUACGCCCUGUGAUUGGUGUAAAAAUUCCCCCCACGCUCUCAACCAAUGCAAACUGCCACCCAUUAUUACUAAUCCACGCGAGCUUUUAGUCAGUUUUAAGAAAGUUAAUGAAAGUAUCGUCCAUUUAUGGUUUAUUUAUGUCUUUCAGGCUUUUAGAGAAUCGAUAAAGGAACAUGAAAGGUAAGGAAAGUCUAUCUCUUCGUAAUAUGUACAUAUUUAAGAAGAAAAGAUCAGGUGAUAAUUAAAUGCACACAGACUAUCACAGACUUAUUCAAAUAACAGUUUUAAAGCAGUGACGAUUUGAUGCUUUCUCUAUAUGAAUUCAUUUCAGAACGGAGCAACAGAUUGAAAAGGAUUUCGAAAACGCUCGUCUAGAGGUAAUCUGCUGGUUUUCAUACUAACUAGAAUUUAUUAUUUCUCAUCCCCGUGUUGAUUUAUCCCUUCGGCGUCACUAUAAUUUAUAUUUGUUUACAUGAACAACCUGAGAUACCAGGUGACCCAGUUUUUUCGAACUAACUUGAAUUCGACACUAUCAGAUAUCGAAAUUAGAAUUUUUCUGUUUUGUAAGGAAAGCUUCUCAAUAUUGUGGCAAGGACAUCAAUAAUAAACUUGUAUGAGAUACGAACGGCUUUGACCGUCGUUAUCUUCUAAGGGACCGAUUAUCCCCGGGGAGGGGGGGUGUGGAAGAUUUUGACUGUGUCACCCCAAAAAGCUCUGUAAUAUUGUUAUGACCACCUCUCACCCUCCUUGGCAGUUAAUAGGCGGACAAUUUUCUUUCGUCCCCACGUUAUACUCUGUUAGCGAUAACUGAUCUCCCAUUCGAUCCCCCUGAAGCCCAUGUGAUUCUCCCAAAAAUCCUCAACAUUUUAUUCAUCAAAUUCUACUUCUUCUUUCAGUUUGCGUCGGUAAUGAACGAGAGACAAACGUAAGUAUUUCUCAAAAAAUGGAUAAAUUUGUGAGACUUGCUUAACAUCAAUGAUUUAAUGACCAUGAUGGCUCCUCUCUGAAUCUCUGAAGAUUCACUGCUUCUAAUAAUUUUUUUCUUACUUUGAAGCGUAGUGUUGUCGUCGGUCAAUUAUCUUAAAGUCUUGUUUCAGGUUUAACCAGUAAUAGGACAAAAUAUUAACACUUGUUUUAUUUCUAUAGAGAGAUUGAUUACAUCAAGAUACAAAUCGCAGAUUUGCAAACCAAGUUACUGAAUCAUGGCAAACAAAAUGAAGAAAAAAACGAAAAGGUUAGAGGAUAAUUGUAAUAUAACCUCAUUUCCAAGAAAAGCAACUGUUUCUUUUUUUAAUUUUUUGCUCUAUCAUUUACGUGUUUUCUUCCUCUUUUUUUAUAUUUUCUUUUUUUCUUUCCUCUUCUUAGGGUUUUGCAAAGAAGCCAAAUUCACUUAAAAGAAGAGUCACUCGUUUUUUCAGAAGUACCACGGAUUGAUGGAUUAUUGAAAGAUUUUAUAAGAUAACUUAACCUCCUGUCGUUACUGAAACUAAUAAAAUAUCUUGUUGCUCUUCUGUGCAAUGAUAUUAUCUCGUUACUGCGUUACAGAAGGUUACUUAUAAUUUGUAUAAGCUACAAGAAUUGUUCGUCAACUAUUUUGAAAAGAAAUCCUUCUAUUCGCUAUAAAAAUUGAUCGGAUGAAAUAACGGCACCUGAUUGUCAAAAUGUGGAAAUACGGUGGCCAAUAUUUUUUUAACUCUCAAUAUGCAGUAAGAUCCAUUCUAAUAUUUAGUAAUCACUCCUUUUAGUUUUGUUUCCGAUUUGCUGUGACUAGAAAAUAGGGUAAUUGACCGCAGUUAAGGACCCUUAACAAGCCAUUUUUUUCUCUUGAAAUUACCUUGGUAGCUUAUAACCUCUUGCCGAGUUUUUUCUGUUGCUAACCAUCAUAGAGAAACCACACUCAUCAUGCAUCAUCGAUCAUGACAGAAGCCCUAGUCAAAUACUAUUUCUUUGGGAAUGAGUGAGACAUCCUGAACAUUGCCUAAUCAACGGGAAAUCGAACUAUUUGUAUCCUACUGAAAAUGGCACAGCCAAACCAAGCUCUCAGCGAAACAUGAUCAAAGGAAGGGUAAGCAAGUUUUAAACUGUUUCUUUAUGACUUCAAACUGUUUCAAUCAAUUGAUAUUACUCUACAGUUUCUCACGCGUUUCUAGCUGUCAUAAUCAACUAAACCCGUCCUGACUUCAAGUCAAUUUUCUUUGAAUCUGUCACAUGCUUGGGGUCUUCGAAAAACUGUUAAUCAGAAAAUUCGACUAAAAAGAUGGCUUGUUUUUUUGCGAAUAACAUGGGGCACACGAAACCUUUGAUGGUAUUCCGUAGUUCUCGUGACUGAAGUAAUUUGCGUAAUCAUUUCAUUUUCUCCUGACCAGCUCAACAGAUAUGCAUGAAGUUUAGUAUCUACUCCAAGUGGGCUACAUCAGGUGCAACAACGAUUUCGUUAAAGCUAGACUUCCUCAUUGUAAAAGCCUCAAUGAAAGGAUUCUACCGCGAGAGUACAAAUUUCUUGUUAAACUAAAGCGUCAUAAUUUGCAAGUCUUUUCAUUUGCAUUUUCUUAAUUUUUCUGGUCUGUCUGCAAAUCAGAAUAUUCAAAGAUUUCUCUUUUAGAAAAAUUUAGGGUCAUUUGAACUUCAGCUUUAGUUCGUUUCUGUUGUAAUGCGAGGGGCUUAAGAUAUGAGCAAAUCAUUAAAAUGACAUCUAUGGUACAUCGCCCAAAAAGAGCAGAAGGGGAAGGAAACUUUGGUCAUUGUUUAAAUAACGAAAUUAAAAUGACAUCUUGAGGCUAAUGAAACAAGAUAAUCGUUUCAGAUGAUAUGACGCACAUUGUGAACUAGACCAAGGAUUGUCGUCAUCGUAAACUCGUUAAAAAGAGGCGAGCUCGUAAACAACAAUUUAAGUCUGAGAAAACACUAAAUUUCUUUUAUAUUAAUACCAAGGUAUCGACAUUGGAAAUUUUAAAACUGUUUUCAAUAUAUUUUGUCCGACUUCAGUUCUAGACACAACCUUAUCUUUGAAGAAUGAGCGAGGGCAAUGUUAUGAUAUCUUUGUUGUUAACGUGACUCAGUGACUUAAACAUAAUAGACUCUUGUUCCGUUCGAGUGAUUAUUUGGUAAACAACUUGAUAUUCGUUGUACUCAUUAGAUAUGCCAUCUGGUUUAAUUAGCGGCGCUUCUGUUUGGAAAAAUUUAGACGCGAUCCAAAGCAAAUAUUAAUCCCUUUUUUCUUGCAACCACGCCUUGACAAAAAAAGAGAUUUGUUGCAAAUGAAAGCAUUCACGUUGAGAACUGAGUCCUACUUUGUUAACGUAAUGAUCCAUCAUUUGGAGGGAAGAAGGAUUACUUGAGUCAUCGAUGUAGAUGGAAUACGAUUUGAGCUCUACGGUAAGGCAUUCCAACCUAUUUGAACCUGGGAUCUUUACGGCAGGAUUUACGGUACAACAUUGUCAAUUCGCAAUAUUGUGUAGAUUUGCAUAGUUUACAGAUGAGUCUAAAAGUGAGGUUUAUGUCAAAAGGUAACAUGCUAUCCUCAAUACCGGAUUUGUCAUGGAUAACACAUUCGCUAAAAGUUCGCAAUAACAUUGAAGUCGUUUUGUCUGAGGCUCUUUCCCGAAUCAAGCCACACAACUUGAGACAAAUUUAUACAAACAGGUAAAUGAUUGAAGUACUGAGCUUGCAAACAAAGGUUACUGUUUACAAAUUCGAUGUUGUUGACAAGAUGCAAAAGCGAUCUUUGUUCGAAGGCAGAAAAUUCAGCUAAUCUGGUCAGUUCGUUUCGUUUUCUGGCACAUCUUUCAUUUUAAAAACGGAGUCAAUCUGCAGUCUGUAACCGGGGUUGCUCAGAUUACAAAAAGCAACGCUGGAAGCGUUACGAAUGUUCUAGAAAUGAGACAUAAAAAAAAUAAAGGGAACAAUCGAUCGCUCCGCAAAGAGGCCAUUGUGAAGUGAGCUGUAGCACGCAUGGGUUAAGUAAACAAAACAGCUCUAUCUAUUCAUUUGUUUCUGCGGAAAUAAUAGCGAUGCCUGUUCACUGCAAUAGAGAUCUCUUCAAUAAAUGCAUCUACGCUGGUGCAAGUGAAAUGGUGCCGGGGACCAAAUGAAGCAAGACAUUUGCUACAAAACAUGGAGAAAAAUGCAAGUAAUUAUCAACAUUCGAGCGAUACUUCAUUUUCUCAAACUAUUGACCCCCCGGGACCUGCUGGUAAAUCACUCAAGACAAGUAAAGCUGAAUUUCUGACUCCUAAUAGCCAAAGGCAAUAUUUCAUUUUCCAGAACUCUCUAAACUUGGGAUUCUGCUUGACGGCUAUUGUAAGUGCAUCGGUCAAACCUAAUUAUUCAUAAUCUUAACCUAAGAAUUUUUGGCUUUUAGGCGAUGGAAAACUUUGCGAGUCACCAGGAUAUUCGAGGGAGACCAACGAGUCUCAGCUCAGUGAUGGGACUAAGUACGCCUGAGAGCGACCUGUCUCUGCCAUUCGAAGAAAACCUCACUGACCUAGUCCAUGACUAUCGCACUAAUGAAGAAAGCUUGUUCGUCGAAAAUGCAAAAAGAAGAACAAGAAGUAUAGACUCUAUAGGAGAACUCAUACGGGAACUAAAGGAGAUAAAAAUAAAUCAACUCCAACAAUGCGAAAAAGUGGAAAAGGAUCUGGUGAAGUCAUUGACCCCUUUGCACAUCGCAGCAGUGAUGGGGGAUGCAUCGGCUGUCGAAAGGCUUGUCAGGGAAGGUGGCCAUGAUGUAGAUCCACUAUCUGAAGAUCAGCGGACCCCACUUAUCAUGGCAUGCUCAUCAGGUAAAACUGACACCAUUCGCACUUUGGUACACCUCGGAGCCAAUGUCAAUGCUUGUAGUGAAAGUGGUAUGACACCCUUAAUAUUGGCUUCUUUAAACGACGAUAAGACCACGAUUCGCCUUCUAUAUAAACGUGGGGCGAAGGUGAAAUGGAAAAACUCAAUGGGCCUAGCAGCCCUACACUUUGCGGCAUCUAAUGGAAAUGUAAACGCUGUUAGGGAACUUUUAAAGAGGGGAAGCGACCUCGAUUCAAAAACAAAUGAAGGAUGUACCCCGCUGCACUUAGCUCUCCUAAAUGUGCAACAGAAUGCUAUCGAGGAACUGAUCAGCAGUGGGAGUGAUCUUCACGCAAAGGAUCAACAUGGAUACUCUCCAAUGCAUUAUGCAGUCUUCUCGGGAAAAGCUCACAUAACAAAAAUUCUUCUCAAUUACAAAGCUGAUGUCAAUGCAAAAGACAACUGCGAAUUCACCCCGCUGCAUUUUACAGCACAAACAAAUUGUGUUGAGGUUGCUAAGGAACUUAUACAACAUGGAGAAAAAUUUAAUGCACAAGCAAAGGACGGCAUAACUCCGCUGAUGAUUGCUGCAUUUCAUAAUAGCACACACGUUGGGAAUUUACUGAUAAGCAGCGGAGCAAAACGGAAUGCGAAUAACAAAGCUGGAAAAACAGCUCUUCACUUCGCUGCUCUCAAAGGAAAUGUUCAGUUUACCCAGUUUCUGAUCGAUGUUGGCGUCCAUGUUGAUGCAGUCGACAACAAUGGAAAUACAGCAUUACACCGCGCCUCGCAAAAUGGACAACACAGAACCCUAGAAACACUUUUGCAAGCAGGAAGCAUGGUAAAUUCCAAGAACGAUAAAGGCCUGACGCCACUCAUGAUAGCAUCAAACAAUGGCCAUGUAAAGUGUUGUAAACAUCUCAUUAACUUCAAGGCUAACUUGGAUGCACCCCAUCACACAACUGGAACCACCUGUCUUCAUUUUGCAUCAGAGAGAGGUCAUUCAGAUGUUAUCCAGUUGCUGAUCGAAAAUGGUGCAGACGUUUCUGCAAAAGACAAACGGGCUCUUACGGCUCUGCAUAGAGCGUCAAAGAAUGGACAUCUUAAAACAGUCAAAGUCCUCUUGCUGCGUGGAAGCGAUCCAAACAGCAGGGACAGCUGGAGCUACACUCCCUUGCAUCGGGCAGCGGAGUGUGGUCGCACUGAAACAGCUACUUUACUUAUUAAACAUGGGUCUCAUAUCUCCGCCACUGACAAAUGGAAGUUUACGCCACUGCAUAGAAGUGCCAGCGAAGGCCAUGUCAACACUGUACGAACCUUACUGCUACAUGAUAGCGAAAUACAUGCAAUUGAUUGUCUGGGAUACACACCCCUCCACAGAGCUGCAGAACGUGGCCACACGGACGCCUGUCGAUUGCUAAUCAGAAGUGGGAGUAGCGUGCGAGCAACUGACUUUCAAGGGUUCAUUCCACUUCAUAGAGCUUCACAGAACGGACACAAAGAGACUGCAAAGCUUUUACUAAGGGAGAAAAGUGAAAUUAAGGCGAGAACAUACACUAUAAAUUUGUCAUCAUCGAGCCUGAAUUUACGAACAAAUUCCUUAACGGGUCAGAAUGGCGUCGCAGAGGAAAGCCGCCGUCAAGAUGGCCAUACGUCACUUCAUUUAGCUUCAGAGAAUGGUCAUAAGGAAACAGUCGAGUUAUUACUGAGAGAAGGCGCUGAUGUCAAUGCUCUUGAUCACUGCGAUUGUUCAGCAUUGCACAAGGCAUCAGAAAAUGGUCACACCUCCGUUGUGGAAUAUUUGCUUCUCAAAGGGAGCAACAUCAACGGUACGGACAAAUGGAGAAACACUGCUGCACAUCGCGCAGCACAAAACGGACACACAGAUACUGUUGAAAGUUUGCUGGCUAAUCGUGCCAGUGCACAUGCAGUAAAUCAAUCCGAGUCCACGCCCCUGCACUGUGCUGCGACAUCCGGACAUCUGGAAACAGUCCAAGCUCUAAUAGUCGUGGGAGGAAGCAACAUUCAUGCUAAAGAUUCACGUGGACACACGCCUCUGCACCGUGCUGCUCAAAAUGGUCAUACUCAAGCCGUGGAUUGCCUUCUUAGACAAGGUAGUGACGUGAAUUCGUUGAGUAAAGAGAAGUCGACGCCACUGGUUCUUAGCGCGUAUGGUGGCUUCACAGACACUUGUUGCGUGCUUAUUAAAUAUGGUUGCUCAAUAAAUAACUCAAUGAGUAGUGGACUCACGGCCCUUCACCUUGCUGCUCAGAACGGACACACGAAAACUUGCGAACUGCUAGCGACACGUGGGGGAAACGUACACGCUAAAGACAACUGGGGUUAUACGCCAUUACAUCGGGCGGCGCACAACAACCACAAAGAAACUAUCCAAGCUUUGUUGACGCAUGGCAGUGAUGUAACAUCCGCUGACAAAUUCGAAUUUACUGCAUUACAGCGCGCAGCGCAAAGAGGACACAGGGAAUCUUUGGAACUUCUCACAUCACAUGCGAUUCAGAGAAUGAGGAGGCACAGUACUUUGGAUCCUCCCAGGGGGAGACAUGUUCACUUUGAGAAAGCAGACUCUGACUGCAAUACCUGCCGAAUGAUGGGCCUCUACAUCAUCCCAGAAGUUAGCAACGACGAAAACAUCGGAGAGACUCGGAAAAGACGGCAAAGAUUUCAGACAAUGUGA